UGCUAAGCACGAAAACUAUCGAGAAAGUGUUCGUAUCGCAAUCGAAAGAAUUUUCUAUGAGAUUUGAACAGCGCCCCUACCGUGCGUAAAAGGAACUAAAUGUCGCAAGCACGAAUGUUUUUGACAACUAUCGUAUAGUAAUCGUAUCGUAUUGCUAUCGAAACCUAGAACAUUUUGAUACAAAUUGGAAGCACGAACGAGCUUUUGACGUCCGGUAACGUAAAUUUCGAAGGCUGGCUAUCGAAACGACUCGAAACAUUUGUCACUCAGAAUUUGACGGUGAGAAAGGUACAACUAACAUAAAAAUAUUAUAGUUAUUGUGAGAUUUAGUUAUUGUGAGCUUUUAUAAAAUGCCAAGACCGCCGUUGUAUCAGCAAAGUACAACAAGUACUUUGCUUGCUGCUAUUUUACUUGGAGAAGAUGAUUUAAGAGAAACUACCGAAAUCCGACGCCGAGCUAUACUCAGAAAGUCGGUAAAUCCAAUGGAUAUUACCGACACUGAGUUUAAAAACAGGUACAGGCUGACUAAAGAUGCUUUCAAGUUCCUUUGUGAACAAUUAAAAGCAAAAUCGAAUUUGAAAGCAAGUUCAAGAGUCAGUUUUGAGCUUAAGGUUCUUAGUGCGCUAUCCUUUUAUGCCACUGGAUCUUACCAGCGUUUGGUUGGCAAUGCUAAGUAUUUGGGCCAAACCACUGUAAGCAAAUGUGUCAAAGAAGUGACUGAAGCACUUAUAUCCCCUAGGAUAUUAAACACUUUUAUAAAAUUCCCAAAGUCAAGACUUGAAAGAGAUGCAGUAAAAAACAAAUUUUUUUCCAAGUAUGGCUUUCCUGGUGUGGUAGGAUGUAUUGAUGGCUGCCACUUUCAUAUUUUUACACCAAACAAGGAGAGGGAACAUUUGUUUUACUGCCGAAAACAUUUCCAUUCUCUGAAUGUGCAAAUGAUUUGUGACAGUGACUGCCGGAUAUUAAAUGUAAAUGCCAAAUAUGGAGGAGCCACGCAUGAUGCCUUUAUUUGGGAUAACAGUGGAGCCAAUAGCUACAUGCAGGAGUUACACCGGAACCAUGAACAAGUAUGGUUGUUAGGUGAUUCUGGCUAUCCUCAGCGACCAUGGCUAAUGACGCCCAUUUUGGAUGCGGUAGAGGGAACUCCUGCGUCCAAAUAUAAUGUGGUGCACGGAAAAACCAAGGUUGUGGUCGAAAACACGUUUGGGCGCCUGAAAAACCGGUGGCGAUGCUUAUCCAAAGACCGCACACUGCAUUAUACCCCUGAAAAAUGUGCGAAAAUCAUAAUGGCUUGUUGUGUCUUACACAAUUUGGCUAUUAAUUUUAAUGUACCUGAGCCACAAUCAGAAACAACCACAACAGUCCACCCACAAGGUUCACCUGAUACCUCUACUGAGGCAAAUCAUGAAAAUGAAAGAGGAGAUGAUUUGGAGGGAAGGGCACUUCGCAACAUUUUGGUUGCCAGAAUAAAUAGACUUCAUACUUAA